AUGGAAGUUCAGAGGUUCUGGGGCAAAGAUGGGCAGUGGGAGUUGGAUGAUGAUACUCCCAGCCUCAUUGCUUUGUUUCUACAGGUGGUGGCAUUCUUGGCAAUGGCCAUGGGGACCCACACCCUCAGUCAGGCACACUAUUGGCCGACCUGCUGCUCCAGUCAAGGACAACACCUUCCUAGGGAGUGGCUGCAGUGGUCCCCAGUGCCCACGCCUGUGCUAGAGCCAGCAUCGGCCAGCAUCCCCUUCUCCGAAGAAUCCUGCAGGGCCAGUGAAGAUGGACCCCUCAACAGCAGGGCCAUUUCCCCCUGGAGAUACGAGUUGGACAGAGACCUGAACCGGCUGCCCCAGGACCUGUACCACGCCCGCUGCCUGUGCCCGCACUGUGUCAGCCUCCAGACGGGUAGCGACAUGGACCCCCUGGGCAACUCAGAGCUGCUCUAUCACAACCAGACUGUCUUCUAUCGAAGACCAUGCUCCCGGGAGCAUGGUGCCCCCCGGGGCUAUUGCCUGGAGAGCCGGCUGUACCAAGUUUCCUUGGCCUGUGUGUGCGUUCGGCCCCGGGUGAUGACCUAG